UUCCGGGGUGGAGCCAGGGAGGGUGGGCGUUUAGGCUGCGUCGACCCCUCAGCCCCCCUCCAGGAGACGUUCGGAACCCAGGACAUGUCGGGAUUGAGGAGAUACGAGGUGGCGCUGGAGGCUGAGGAGGAGAUCUACUGGGGCUGUUUCUACUUUUUCCCCUGGCUGCGCAUGUGGCGAAGGGAGCGGAGCUCAGCGCACCCUCGGGAGCAGAAGCUGGAGCCUCUGCGGGGCCUAAUGAGCUGUCUGUCAAGUGGACUGGGCACUGCUCCCCAGCGCUCCGGUCGCAGCCUCCCCCGCCGCACCCCCGCUGCCACUGCCCAGCCAGCUGGUGCAUUAAAGAUUUAAACCAAA